AUGUUUCGAUUAGUAAUUGUGGUGAAUAUUUUAAUACAGUUUGGGUGCACGCAUCCAUUAAAUUAUGGAGCUCACACACCAGAAUUUUAUAAUUCAUUAAGUCCUCAACAACGGUAUCAACGUUCGUUCCCAGGAUUUUAUAAUAAUGGAAUGUUUCAACAACAACUGAAUCCAAUAUUUCAUUCUCAUCCAAUGGAAAUGAAUAAUCGUCCAGUAUAUCGACGUAAUAUUUAUGAUAAUAAUGGAUUCAGACCUCAAUUUGAACAGCAAUCACCAGUUGGAAUGUAUGGACCACCACCGACAAUGCAUCAAUCGAAACCAAUGGGACAGGAUGAAUCACAUUUAAUUGUAUUACCGAGAGGAGCAGAUGAAGAGUAUGCAUGGAAUCCAUUAAAAACAAAAAUGAUUGAUGGUUUUGAUGAAGAAGAUCAGGAUAUGAUGCAAGAAGAAGAAAUGGGUGAUGCUUUGUCAUAUAUUGAUUCUCAAACACCUACAAGAUAUACAUCGGAAAGAAUUUUAAAACCACCAAAACAUUCUGCACCAUCGCUACAUAUGGAAAUGGCACAACCAACAACAAGAAUGCCAAUGCCACCUGCACCAAUGGGAUAUAAUGUACCACAAUCGUAUGGUAGCGUGCCAGGAAUGCCACAACAUCAUAUGAUGAUGCCACAUUCAGAGAAUUAUCAAGGUAAUUAUCAAAUGCAACAAUUUGAUCAAGAAAAUAUGUACCCACCACAAAAUUAUCAUCAUCAACAUCAAAAACGCUACCAACCACAUCAUCAAUAUUAUCAAAAUCCAAGAUAUAAUCAGCAAUUCGAAAACCCACAUCAUUAUUUCGAAACACCUAAUGAGGAUGAAAUGAUGUACCCAUUACCAACACACAAGAAAUACGCACGCACAAAAAUUGAACCCGCACCACAAGAAGUAAUUUUUGCUGAAGACGGUAAUGAUGACUUUUACGAUGAUGACGAAAUAACUAUAGAAGGAGAUACUAUUGCUUUACUGAGCGACAGCGAUAGUCCUAUUAUAGUUGAAGAUAGUUCUAAUUCUAUUGAUAAUAUUUCAUCGAAUACUGUUGAACAUGAAAGUGUGGAAAUAUCGGAGGAUAAUACUGAAAGUGCUGAUGACGAUAUGAAAAAUACUGAAAAUAAUACAACUAAUGAACCAGAAUAUGAUAAUGUAGAGGAAGAAGAUGACUUGGAAGAAGUUCAGGAGGAAGAAGAUGUAUCAAGUUCGGAAAAUUAAAAUUUUUUCAUAAUUGAUAUAAUAUAUAAAAAUUGUUUAUAGAAUUGAAAAAGCUUUAGAAAAUUAAGU